CGGGUAGAGGACCGGAGAAGCGUGAGCAACCCGGGGCUCGGAGGUUGGAGCCCAGGCACCUGAGAGAGGACGUUCCCCACCACCGCUGCCUAAAGCCACUCCAGGCGAGAAUCGCUUUCCAGGGCCCCAGCGGAUAGGUUAGACUCAGUAUAAGAGAAGGGGUCUGCGGAGCGGGACAGCCUGAGGCCCGCUGCCGGGUUCCCUCCCCAGACACCCGCGGAAAGCCCGAAAGGAGGCGGAACACGGCCCAGCGGCUCGCCACGGCGGGCCCACCCCUUGCUUAGCCGCCUCGCACCCUCGCCUCACCGCACUGCUGCACUGCUGCCCUGCUGCCCGCCCUUCGCAUCACUGACCCGCCCUCUCUCCGCCCCCUCCCCUCGCCGCCCCGCCCUCUCUCUCCGCCCCUUCACCUCGCCGUCCCGCCCCCUCGCCUCACCGCCGGGCUGAAUUGCCGCCCCGCCCUCUAGCCACGCCCUCUGGCCCCUGCCUCUAGCCCCGCCUCUCGCCUCGCCGCCUCGCCGCCUCGCCGUCCCGCCGCCUUGCCACCCUGCCGCCCUGCCGCCCUGCCGCCCUGCCGCCGGUGGUCGCUGCCCGUGGUGCUCCGUCGCCCCCGCCACCUCACGUCCUCCCGUGCGUCGGGAGCGUCUCGGCUACAACAUGUUGGGCAUGAUCAAGAACUCGCUGUUCGGAAGCGUAGAGACGUGGCCUUGGCAGGUCCUAAGCAAAGGGGACAAGGAAGAAGUCGCCUAUGAAGAAAGGGCCUGUGAAGGCGGCAAAUUUGCCACAGUAGAAGUGACAGAUAAGCCUGUGGAUGAGGCUCUACGGGAAGCAAUGCCCAAGGUCGCAAAGUAUGCGGGGGGCACCAAUGACAAGGGAAUUGGGAUGGGGAUGACAGUCCCUAUUUCCUUUGCUGUGUUCCCCAAUGAAGAUGGCUCUCUGCAGAAGAAAUUAAAAGUCUGGUUCCGGAUUCCAAACCAAUUUCAAAGCGACCCACCAGCUCCCAGUGACAAAAGCGUUAAGAUUGAGGAACGGGAAGGCAUCACUGUCUAUUCCAUGCAGUUUGGUGGUUAUGCCAAGGAAGCAGACUACGUAGCACAAGCCACCCGUCUGCGUGCUGCCCUGGAGGGCACAGCCACCUACCGGGGGGACAUCUACUUCUGCACGGGUUAUGACCCUCCCAUGAAGCCCUACGGACGGCGCAAUGAGAUCUGGUUGUUGAAGACAUGAGUGACCCACUGAACCAAGAACUUACUGGAAGUGUGCCUCUGUCUCCUUCCUCGGGGGUAAGGAGGGGACAGUGCUUCCCAAGUUCCAGCUGCAAGUCCAACUUAACCAACUUUCCUUCAAAGUCAGUUACUGCCAAUUUUCUGAAAAAAGCAUGUUCCAUAUACUAAGUCUCUUUUCUCACGGUAGGAAAUAAUACAGCCAAGAUAUGCAGCAUACUUCUCAUUGAUUUAGAAAAUUCUGCGGUAGACCAGAAAAAUCCUGGCAGCUUUUCUCCAGGCAUCUGGGUCACUAAAAACUGAUUUUCUAAAAUUAUUGGAUUUGUAUUUUGUUAUUAAGGGGGAAAAUGUGAUUUGUGCUUGAUCUUUCAUCUGUGAUUCUUAUAAGAGCUUUGUCUUCAGAAAAACUAAAAAUAAAAGGCAUUGACUUAAA